CAUCUUUAAUAGCACAUCUUCAAGAAACGCGCAAAAUACACUGCACAGAAAUCUAUCUUGCUUUCAAUUAUGUUGAUAUUCCGUGUAUGUGUGUUAAUCUUUAAGCCUCUCCCAGACUUCCUAAUAGCUCUCCGUGCAAAACGAGGAAAUCAAAAGACCUCCGAUUUUAGAAACCCCAUGAAGUUCAUAGCAACUAAAUGGAGUUUUGAAUCUUUAACAGAGCAGACCGGGUGUUGUUUUGGGCUUUGCCUUCGCAAAUUACCCGUCUUAAGAGAAGGCAAGGAAAACGCAACAGCCGGAUUCUUUACCACCGACAUCGCUUCUAAAGGCUGCUGAACUCAACUCCUUUUUCGGAUCGGGAGACGCCGAACGACGCUCUCGGCACGACACCAGAUUUGGUCCCCCGGCAGAGCUCCGGCUGCAGCGUUCCACUUCCUUCUCCGCCCUUCUCGUGACGUACCGCAGCCAGCUCAGAAAACCCGCCCGCUCCGGUGUUGCCCGAGUCCUCAAUUCCUGAGGCCGCGAGAUGGGGCCUCCCCCUCCACCGCUUCCCUCCUAAGACGUCUUCUCCGGGCUUCAGGAGCGACGCUGCUGCUGAAGGUCCGGCACCAGGCCUUCCGGCCGAGAGCCCGUUGACGCCGGUCCCUGAAUUCCGCUGCGGGAAGCUUCUUCGGGCGCCCGAGGAAGUGGCUGGAAAGCUACAAUACGAGCGGCUCCCUCCACCGGACAGAAAGGCGACGCAGAAGGCCGAGGACCGUCGUCCCGCCGGGGCUGUCGUAUUACCUCAAGGGCAAAGCACCGCCUGGCCCCCUUCCCUCUUGAUGGCUCUGAAUUUCAACCCGGCGACUUCCGCCUCUCCUUCGGGGUCUCGUCUGCAGCCGGUCGGCAGCCUGCACAGCUCGUCGCAGCCGGGGCAGGAGGGACCUCAGGAGGCCGGAUCCGAGCCCCUUCUGUCCGAGAUGGAAACCACUCAUGUCCAGGUAGACUCUGAUCAGAUAAAAGAGAAGAAAAGUUUGGAUUUUGUUUGUGCAACAACUCUGUCUAAAAAUAUAGCUGGAUCUAAAGCAGUUGAGAAGAAUUCUAAGCCUUUAGGACUCAGUGCCAUUAAUCCUGAGAUUUUUCAGAUACAAUCUUUUACAGGCACUGGAUCUCAACAAUUUAUUUUAUGUAAUUCUUUUAAACCUACAGUUCAACUACUUCUACCGGCCCCCUUACAUCCCCCUGGACAAGUGCCAGUAAGUAAAAUAAUUACACGUGGGCAGAAACAUAAAUCCAUUACAAAAGAUAGAGAAGAUUCUUCAAAUGUUUUUUUGGUUCCAACUUGUUCAGCAAAAACUCCUAUAAAUGAAGGGAAGCAACCAAAAGAGCAAAAGAUUAAAAAAUCUCUGAAAGUGACAACUCGUUCUGGGCGGAUUUCUCACCCUCCCAAAUAUAAAGUUAAGGACUACAAAUUUAUUAAAACAGAAGACUUGGCUGACUGUCACCCAUCUGAUUCUGAUGACUAUUCUGAGCUGAGCUUAGAAGAUGAUGAAUGCAACAAAGUAAAGGAAGCAUGUGAAUUAUUAAACCCCUUUAACUAUGACCUGCGGCCAAAAUUGUUUAAGUGUCAAAACUGUGAAAAAUCCUACAUAGGAAAAGGAGGAUUAUUACGGCACUACAAAAUAAAUCCAGGCCAUGGGCACCAAGAGACUUCAGAAUCUUCUAUAAAUAGAUUUUCUAGAAUGACACAGCUGGAGUGUGCUGAAAAGGCAAAUUGUGAAAGCAACCAUCAACCUUCUCCACCUUUACCAGUUACUCUUGCUUUAGUAAGCAAACAUGGACUAACUAUAGAAUUGGAAAAAAAUAUUGAACCAGAAAGUGAACAGCAGUCUGAUAUUUCUGCAGAAAAUAGAAAUUCUGAAGAACCAUAUAACAUCCAUUUGGGGCCUGGAAGAAGAAAACGGCAGAAAAGAUCUUAUCAAUCAAAGAUGUCUAAUAGAUCAAGAUGUUCUACAACAUUUAGCAGUCUUGGUCAAUUGUCUUCCAAUUCUUUUAAUAGUAUCUCAGCAGAGCAUCUUACCAAUAGUAGAUUUAAAAGAAAAGCUACGCUAAAAGAGCUGAUUCAGCAUUGUACCAAUGAAGAAUUUAUGGAACUGGUGGUUCCACGUUUGACAACUGUUGUUACUGUAUUUGAAUUCCUACUGAUGAAGGCAGAGAAAAAAUGUCAAAAAAAAGCAGUCUUUCCAGAUGUUUACCAGGAGUUUGAAGAGCUCCAUUCAAUGGUAAAGAAAAUGUAUCAAGAUUAUUUUAAUAAUUCUGAAUUAAAGCAACCAUUAGAAAUAAAAAACCAUAAGGUAGCUGAAUCACUAGGAAUUACAGAUUGUUGUCUUGAAGUGACAAAGAUACAGACAAAUUCUUUUCCUGAAUGUACUGAAUCUACUGAUCAGCCUAUAUUGCUCCAUAUCUCAGGACAGAAAUGAGCAGCUGAGUUCUAGAAAUGUACAGCAAAAAAUAUUCUGCAAAAAUAUGGGGGAAAAAAAAAUGAAUUGCUCCAAUCAAGAAUUGUGGAAGAUAAAUACAGAUUUAUGUGAUCGACACACUCAAGAAAAAUUGAAUAUUUACAGCCUUUAAAUACACCAAGAUUAGAUUAUUUGAGAUGCCCAACUGACCAUAGAGGACAUUCACAAGAAGAACAAAGAUAAAUUCAAGUUGGGACACAGUAAACAAAAUGACUUAUUAUAUCUCUUGAAACAUCUGAAAAAUACAGUCAUCGUUCUCCUUGAUUUCUUCAUGAAAAAACACUGAAAAUAAAAUAUAUCAAGAACUUAAGAAAAAAUGCUGUUAACAAAUUUUGAACUUUCUUAAAACUUUAAUAAUUUCAACAGUAUUAAACAUCACAGGAGUAGUUCAUCAGUUUAGAUCUCAGGAAAUUGAAUAGACCAGCUUCAUCCUUCCUUGAAAAUAUAUGACUAAUCAAUUUAAUAGUAUUUUAAUGGAAGAAAAUAAGUACAACAUGAUGUUGAAGAUUAUGAAAACUGGGAACUUUUAUUUUCAGUAUAGGCAUUGCUUCUUCCUGAUGCUCUACAUUAUACAUCUGUUUGUAACACAGUUUGCUGCUACUACAUUUAUACAAAUUCUUUUGAAGUUGCAGCACUUUCAACAAUACUAAAAUUAAGCCAUUAUAAAAAUAUUUUGGAAACAGUUUUGAAAGUCUAUCUGAAAUGUAUAUUAAACAUGAAUUGAUUCCACAAGCUUGGCAGUAUUUAAUAUAUAGCAUAAGUUCUAAAAAUAUCCAGGUUUAGGUGUUACCUCCCCAGAAUAAUAAUUUUGCUAAUCUGGUUCUAAUAAUAUUAAUUCUCUUCAGGUAUUCAGGAGCUGAUUGGCCUUUAUGAUAAAACAUGCAUUGGGAUGCUACCAUGCAAGUUUUAUGGUUUUGUACUUGCGGUUGCCGUAUUGCCCACAAUUACAUAACUUAAGAGUUUGCAUCAUAUCACAAUGCACUUUGUCACUUCGUCCCUAAUUGCACAUGCCUUUGUCUGCAUAAGAGAAGAUGUAUUGGCUUCCUAAGAGUCAAUAUUCUCAUAAUGAUUGAAUGAAUCAAUUCUGCAGGAAAGCUAGCAGCACUUAAAUGAGGGGCUUAAUCAGUGGUGCUAUAGGGAGUUAAUAGAAAAUGAACUUCUCCUAAGAGACAAAUAUGUUGCACCAAUUGCUAUGGAUAUAUUAAUGCUUGACUACCUAAAAUACUGUAUAAAUUUGACAACUGCCAGAAUUACUUUAAAAAUUAACAUUUAAAUUCUUGUAUAUGCUAUCCUGAAUAAACUUGAAGAAAAUGGUGCUUUAGAGAUUGCUGUUUCUAUGAGAUUUCCAAUUUAAUUUUACUUUUUUAAAAUGUAGAAGAGCUUUAUUUGAGAUUAAAAGUCCUUACAGAUUGUUCUUGAUCUUGAAUCAUUUUAACGUUUUAAAGAUAUCUAUUCUUGGAUAAUAAACAGAUAACCAAGGUUUUCUUAAAUAUUUAGUUUACUACAUAGAACAUCUAUAAAUGGCUUGUUUAAAGGUAAAAAUUCAUCUACUUCAUGUUGUGAGAUACAUCCUAUUCUACAUACUUGCAACUGUAAGAUAUAUUCUUAAAUUUUCCCAAAUCCAAGUUACUCUGAAAACACUUUUAAUUCAUAGUACCUAGACAUUCAAAUAUUUGGAAGUGAAGAGUUUAACAGUAUAUGACAUAAAGAAAUAUAAAAAGUUGAAUAAUUUAUGUCAUGCCAUAUUAGGAGUUUUAAAGCUUAAAUUAAAAUUAUGUUUGGUGAAAUUUGGAAGGCAUAUGCACUGAUAAGACUACAUUUGCAUUUAAUAACACAUUUUGGCUUCUUGAUGUACAUGCUCAUAUCUGUUCUUCCUAGAAACGGAAAAUAUGGGCAGUUUCCUUGAAAUAUUUUUUAAAAAUACGUUGGGUAAACUAUGGACUUAGCUUGUUUCUGGAACAAGUCAUGAUUCCUUAAUUGCACUGAAUAUUAAAC